GAGAGCAUGAUCGUACUCCGGAAACGGAUCCACGAAAUCAAGAUGGUCGAGCGGAGCCACGAACCCCCUUCCAAUUGGCUCGACUGGGAGAAACGCUGCUACUCCAACUAUGAUUCACAUAUCUGUGAGGCUUUGGGCUAUCUCCAAUCCCACUUGAUGAACACCAGGCCUAGCGUUGCCUUGGGAAUUCUCCUUCUUAUUACUCUCAGUGUUCCGCUCUCCUCUGCUGUCAUUCUCCACCGCUUCAUCGACAUCGCCGCCGCGCUUCUCGCCGGAGUCCGUCUUACUUAACUGUUGCAUAUAACCAAUACCAUAGAAGCCACACGCCGUCGUUUUGAGGAUGCUUGUUUUUCUAUUAUAAUAUAUUAUAUAUAUUUUUUAAUUUAGGGAGUAGUUGGUCUUUGUACAGCUUAGAUCUCAUUGUUUGUAUCGCUUUCUGUUAUUUUAUAUAAACGGUCAAGUUUCCAUUUUAA